AUGCAAACAGUCUGCCGCUCUUUUCUUCCCCCCCCUGCCCUCUUACUCUCUCCCUCUCCCUACAUAAAUAUAGACAAUGUUUUUUUAAUGUUAUUCUUGGCUGUUUCACAUUAUCCUCUCGUUGUUCUCUUUUACUCUCUCUCUCUCUCUCUCUCUCUCUCUCUCUCUCACGUAGAAUUCCUUAAGGUUUUCUUCUCGCUUCUCGUCGAUAGAAUUCUCUUUAAGGUUUGUUUUUUUUCUCUCGUCAGUAGUUUCUUCUUUUUCCCGCUUCUCGUCGAUAGAAUUCUCUUAAGGUUUCUUCUUUCCCCUUCUCGUUUCUUCUUCCCGCUUCUCGUCAGUAGAAUUCUCUUAAGGUUUUUCUUCUUUCCCGUUUCUUCUUUUCUCGUCGAUAGAAUUCUCUUAAGGUUUCUUCUUCCCGCUUCUCUAGAAUCGUCGAUAGAAUUCUUAAGGUUUCUUCUUUCCCUUCUCGUCGAUAGAAUUCUCUUAGGUUUCUUCUUUCUCUCGUCAGUAGGUUUAAGGUUUCUUUUCCCGCUUCUCGUCGAUAGAAUUCUCUUAAGGUUUUUUUCUUUCCGCUUUCUCGUCAGUAGAAUUCUCUUAAGGUUUCUUCUUUCCCCGCUUCUCGUUUCUUCUUUCGUCGAUAGAAUUCUCUUAAGGUUUCUUCUUUCUCGCUUCUCGUCAGUAGAAUUCUCUGGAGGUUUCUUCUUCCCGCUUCUCGUCAGUAGAAUUCUCUUAAGGUUUUUCUUUCCCGCUUCUCGUUUCUUCUUUUCCCGCUUCUCGUCAGUAGAAUUCUCUAAGGUUUCUUCUUUCCCGCUUCUCGUCAGUAGAAUUCUCUUAAGGUUUCUUCUUUCCCGCUUCUCGUCAAAUUCUCUUAAGGUUUCUUCUUUCCCGCUUCUCGUCAGUAGAAUUUCUCUUAAGGUUUCUUCUUUCCCGCUUCUCGUCGAUAGAAUUCUCUUAAGUUUCUUCUUCUUUCCCCCUUCUCAAUCUCUUAAGGUUUCUUCUUUCCCGCUUCUCGUCGAUAGAAUUCUCUUAGGUUUCUUCUUUCCUUCUUCGUCAAAGGUUUCUUCUUUCUUAAGUAGAAUUUCUUUUCUUUUCCCGCUUCUCGUCGAUAGAAUUCUCUUAAGGUUUCUUCUUUCCCGCUUCUCGUCAGAUAGAAUUCUCUUAAGGUUUCUUCUUUCCCGCUUCUCGUCAGUCGAGAAUUCUCUUAAGGUUUCUUCUUUCCCGCUUCUCGUUUCUUCUUUCCCGCUUCUCGUCGAUGGGAAUUCUCUUAAGGUUUCUUCUUUCCCGCUUCUCGUCAGUAGAAUUCUCUUAAGGUUUCUUUCUUUCCUUCUCGUCAUAGAAUUUCUUAAGGUUUCUUCUUUCCCGCUUCUCGUCAGUAGAAUUCUCUUAAGGUUUCUUCUUUCUUCUCGUUUCUUCUUUCCGCUUCUCGUCAGUAGAAUUCUCUUUAAGGUUUCUUCUUUCCCGCUUCUCGUCAGUAGAAUUCUCUUAAGGUUUCUUCUUUCCCGCUUCUCGUCAGUAGAAUUUCUCUUGUUUCUUCUUUCCCGCUUCUCUAGAAUUCUCUUCUUUCUUCUUUCCCGCUUCUCGUCGAUAGAUUCUCUUAAAGGUUUUUUCUUUCCGCUUCUCGUCAGUAGAAUUCUCUUAAGGUUUCUUCUUUCCCGCUUCUCUAGAAUUCUCUUAAGGUUUCUUCUUUCCCGCUUCUCGUCAGUAGAAUUCUUAAUUCUCUUAAGGGUUUCUUCUUUCCGCUUCUCGUCGAGUAGAAUUCUCUUAAGGUUUCUUCUUUUUCCGCUUCUCGUCAGUAGAAUUCUCUUAAGGUUUCUUCUUUCCCGUUUCUCGUCAGUAGAAAUUCUCUUAAGGUUUCUUCUUUCCGCUUCUCGUUUCUUCUUUCCGCUUCUCGUCGAUAGAAUUCUUUCUUCAGUAGUUUCUUCUGUUUCUUCUUUCCCGCUUCUCGUUUCUUCUUUCUUUCUCGUCAGUAGAAUUCUCUUAAGGUUUCUUCUUUUCCGCUUCUCGUCAGUAGAAUUCUCUAAGGUUUCUUCUUUCCGCUUCUCGUCAGUAGAUUCUCUUAAGGUUUCUUCUUUAAGCUUUCGUCUUUCCUCUUGGGUUUCUUCUUUCCGCUUCUCGUCAAAUUCUCUUAAGGUUUCUUCUUUCCCGCUUCUCGUCAGUAGAAUUCUCUUAAGGUUUCUUCUUUCCCGCUUCUCGUCAGAUAGAAUUCUCUUAAGGUUUCUUCUUUCCCGCUUCUCGUCGAGUAGAAUUCUCUUAAGGUUUUCUUCUUUUCCUGCUUCGUCAGUUUCUUCUUUCCCGCUUCUCGUCGAUAGAAUUCUCUUAAAGGUUUCUUCUUUCCCGCUUCUCGUCGAUAGAAUUCUCUUAAGGUUUCUUCUUUCCCUUCUCAAUUCUCUUAAGGUUUCUUCUUUCCUGCUUCUCGUCAGUAGAAUUCUCUUAAGGUUUCUUCUUUCCCUUCUCGUUUCUUUCGUUUCCCGUUUCUUCUUCUCGUCAGUAGAAGAAUUCUCUUCCUUCUCGUCAGGUUUCUUCUUUCCGCUUCUCGUCAGUAGAAUUCUCUUAAGGUUUUUCUUUCCCGCUUUCGUCGAUAGAAUUCUCUUAGGUUUCUUCUUUCCGCUUCUCGUCAGUAGAAUUCUCUUAGGUUUCUUCUUUCCCGCUUCUCUAGAAUUCUUUAAGGUUUCUUCUUUCCCGCUUCUCGUCGAUAGAAUUCUCUUAAGGUUUUCUUUCUUUUCGUCCUUAAGGUUUCUUCUUUCUCGUUUCUUUCUUUCCGCUUCUCGUCGUAGAAUUCUCUUAAGGUUUCUUCUUUCCCCUUCUCGUCUUCUCGUAGUUUCUUCUUUCCCGCUUCUCGUCAGUAGAAUUCUCUUAGGUUUCUUCUUUCCGCUUCUCGUCAGUUUCUUCUUUCCCCUUCUCGUCAGUAGAGGUUUCUUUCUCUUAAGGUUUCUUCUUCUUUCCCGCUUCUCUAGAAUUCUCUUAAGGUUUCUUCUUUCCCUUCUCGUCAGUAGAAUUCUCUUCUUCUUUCCGUCGAUAGUUUCUUUUUUCUUUCCGCUUCUCGUCAGUAGAAUUCUCUUAAGGUUUCUUCUUUCCCUUUCGUCGAUAGAAUUUCUUAGAAUUCUCUUAGGUUUCUUCUUUCCGCUUCUCGUCAGUAGAAUUCUCUUAAGGUUUCUUCUUUCCCGCUUCUCGUCAGUAAAUUCUCUUAAGGUUUCUUCUUUCCGCUUCUCGUCAGUUUCUUCUUUCUUCUUUCUCGUCGUCGAUAGAAUUCUCUUAAGGUUUCUUCUUUCCGCUUUUCGUUCUUCUUUCCCUUCUUCGUCGAUAGUCUUAGUUUCUUCUUCCCGCUUUCUCUUCCACUUCUCGGAAUUUCUUAAGGUUUUUCUUCCGCUUCUCGUCGAUAGUAUUCUCUUAAGGUUUCUUCUUUUCCUUCUCGUCGAUAGAAUUCUCUUAAGGUUUCUUCUUCCCCUUCUCGUCAGUAGAAUUCUCUUAAGGUUUCUUCUUUCCUUCUCGUCGGAAUUUCUUAAGGUUUUCUUUUCCCGCUUCUCAAUUCUCUUGUUCUUUUCUUCUUUCCCGCUUCUCGUCAGUAGAAUUUCUCUUAUGUUUUUCUUCCUGCUUCGUCAGGUUUCUUCUUUCCGCUUCUCGUCAGAUAGAAUUCUCUUAAGGUUUGUUUCUUCAGUAGUUUCCCUUCUCGUCAGUAGAAUUCUCUUAAGGUUUCUUUUUCUCGUUUCUUCUCUUAAGGUUUCUUCUUUCCCCUUCUCGUCAGUGGGAAUUCUCUUCAGUAGGUUUCUUCUUUCCCCUUCUCGUCGGUCAAGGUUUCAAUUCUCUUCGAUAGGUUUCUUAAGGUUUCUUCUUCCCGCUUCUCGUCGAAUUCUCUUAAGGUUUAUUCUUUCCUGCUUAUCGUCUCUUAAGGUUUUUCUUCUUUCCCGCUUCUCUAUAAUUCUCUUAAUGGUUUCUUCUUUCCCGCUUCUCGUCGAUAGAAUUCUUUGUUUCUUCUUUCCCGUCAGUAGAAUUUCUUUAAGGUUUCUUUCCCUUCUCGUCGAUAGAAUUCUCUUAAGGUUUCUUCUUUUUCCCGCUUCUCGUUUCUUCUUCCCGUUUUCGUCAGUAGAAUUCUCUUAUGUUUCUUCUUUCCCGCUUCUCGUCGAUAGAAUUCUCUUAAGAAUUUCUCUUAAGGUUUCUUCUUUCCCGCUUCUCUGCUUCGAUAGAAUUCUCUUAAGGUUUCUUCUUUCUUCUCGUCAGUCGUAUUCUCUUAAGGUUUCUUCUUUCUCGUCAGUAGAAUUUCUUAAGGUUUCUUUCUUUCCCUUCUCGUCAGUAGUUUCUUCUCGUCAGUUUCUCUUAAGUUUUUCUUCUUUUCUUCUCGUCAGUAGAAUUCUCUUCCAAGGUUUCUUCUUUCCCGCUUCUCGUUUUCUUUCCCUUCUCGUCGAUAGAAUUCUCUUAAGGUUUCUUCUUUCCCGCUUCUCGUCAGUAGAUUCUCUUGGUUUCUUCUUUCCGCUUCUCGUCAGUAGAAUUCUCUUGUUUUCUUCUUCCCCCUUCUCAAUUCUCUUAAGGUUUCUUUUUCCCGCUUCGUCAGUAGAAUUCUCUUGGGUUUCGUCAGUGAUAGAAUUCUAUUCUUUCCCGCUUCUCGUCGAUAGAAUUCUCUUUCAAGGUUUUUUUUACCUUCUUCUCAAUUCUCUUAACGUUCUUCUUUCGCUUCUCGUCAGUAGAAUUCUCUUAGAAUUUUUCUUUUGCUUUUCUUUCCUUUCGUCCUUCUCGUCAGUAGAGAUUCUCUUAAGGUUUCUUCUUCCCUUCUCGUCGAUAGAAUUCUCUAAGGUUCUUCUUUUCUUCUCGUCAGUAGAAUUUGGUUUCUUCUUCCCGCUUCUCGUCGAUAGAAAUAGGAAGGUUUCUUCUUCCUUCGUCAGUAGAAUUCUCUUAAGGUUUCUUCUUUCCCUUCUCGUCAGUAGAAUUCUCUUAAGGUUUCUUCUUUCCCUUCUCGUUUCUUCUUCUUUUCUUUCGUCGAUAGGGAUUCUCUUAAGGUUUCUUCUUCUUCUCGUCGGUAGAAUUCUCAGGUUUCUUCUUUUCCGCUUCUCAUCGAUAGAAAUUCUCUUCGUCAGUAAGAGUUUCUUUCUUCCCGCUUCUCGUCAGAUAGUUUCUUCUUUCCGCUUCUCGUCGAUAGAACCUCGGUUGUUUCUUUUCUCUUUCCUGCUUCUCGUCGAUAGAAUUUCUCUUGAGGUUUUUCUUCCGCUUCUCGUCAGUAGAAUUCUCUUAGGUUUCUUCUUUCCCGCUUCUCGUUUCUUCUUUCCCCUUCUCGUCGAUAGAAUUCUCUUAAGGUUUGUUCUUUUCUUCUCGUUUAUUCCCUUCUCGUCGUCAGUAUUUCUUAAAUUCUCUUAUAGGAAUUCUCUUAAGGUUUGUUCUUUCCCGCUUCUCGUCAGUCGAAUUCUCUUAGGUUCUUCUUUUCCGCUUCUCGUCAGUAGAAUUCUCUUAAGGUUUCUUUCCCGCUUUCGUCGAAUUCUCUUAAGGUUUCUUCUUUCCCUUCUCGUCAGUAGAAUUCUCUUAAGGUUUCUUCUUUUUCCCUUUCCUCGUAGAGAUUCUCUUAAGGUUUCUUCUUUCACUUUCAGUAGAAUUCUCUUAAGGUUCUUCUUUCUCAAUUCUCUUAAGGGUUUUCUUCUUUUCUUUUCCCUUCUCGUCAGUAGAAUUCUCUUAAGGUUUCUUCUUUCCCUUCUCGUCGAUAGAAUUCUCUUCGGGUUUUCUUCUUCCCGCUUCUCAUUCUCUUCCUCGUCGUCAGUAGAAAUUCUCUUAGGGUUUUCUUCUUUUCCGCUUCUCGUCGGUAAAAUUCUCUUAAGGUUUCUUUUUCCCCUUCUCGUCAGUAGAAUUCUCUUGGGUUUCUUCUUUCCCGCUUUCUCGUCGUCAGUUUUCUUCUUUCUUCUCGUGGUAAAUUUUCUGGUUUCUUCUUUCCCUUCUCGUCUAGAAUUCUCUUGGGUUUCUUUCCCUUCUCGUCGAUGGACUUCUCUUAAGGUUUAUUUCUCGUCAAUAGUAUUCUUAAGGUUUUCUUCUUUCCCGCUUCUCGUCAGUAGAAUUCUCUUAAGGUUUCUUCUUCCCUUCUCGUUUCUUCUUUCCUUCUCGUCAGUGAAUUCUCUUAAGGUUUCUUCUUUCCCGCUUCUCGUCAGGUUUCUUCUUUCCCCUUCUCGUCAUGGGAAUUCUCUUAAGGUUUCUUCUUUCCUUCUCGUCAGUAGAAUUCUCUUAAGGUUUCUUCUUUCCCCCUCGUCAGUCGAUUCUCUUAAGAUUUCUUCUCUUAAGAUUCUCUUGGGGUUUCUUCUUUCCCGCUUCUCGUCGAUAGAGAUUCUCUUAGGUUUUCUUCUUUCCCUUCUCGUCGUCAAGAAUUCUCUUACGGGUUUCUUCUUUCCCGCUUCUCGUUUCUUCUUCCCUUCUCGUCAGUGGAAUUCUCUUAAGGUUUCUUCUUUCCCGCUUCUCGUCGAUAGAAUUCUCUUAAGGUUUCUUUUUUCCGCUUCUCGUUUCUUCUUUCCGCUUCUCGUGGUUUCUUCUUUCCCUUCUUCAGUAGUAUUCUCUUGGUUUCUUUUUCCCGCUUCUCGUCAGGUGAGAUUCUCUUGGGGUUUUCUUUUCCCGCUUCUCGUCGAUAGAAUUCUCUUAAAGGUUUCUUCUUUCUCGCUUCUCGUCAGUUUCUUCUUUCCCUUCUCGUCGAUAGAAUUCUCAAAGUUUUCUUUUUCUUCUUUCGAUAGAAAUUCUCUUAAGGUUUCUUCUCACUUUCGUCAGUGGAAUUCUCUUAGGUUUCUUCUUUCCUUCUUCUCGUCAGUAGAAUUCUCUUCUCGGUUUCUUAAGGUUUCUUUUCCCGCUUCUCGUUUUCUUCUUUCCCUUCUCGUCAGUGAAAUUCUCUUAGGUUUCUUCUUUCCCCUUCUCGUCAGUAGGAAUUCUCUUAGUUUCUUCUUUCCCCUUCUCGUCGUUAGAAUUCUCUUAAAGGUUUGUUCUUUCCCGCUUCUCGUUUCUUCUUUCUUCUCGUCGAUAGAAGGUUUCUUCUUUUCUCUUCAAAUUUCUUGGGUUCUUCUUUCCCUUCUCGUCGAUAGAAAUUCUCUUGGGGUUCUCGUUCUUUCUCUUAGUUUUCUUCUCGUCUCGUCAAUAGAUUCUGUUUCUUCUUUCCCGCUUCUCGUCAGUAGGAAUUCUCUUAAUGUUUCUUCUUUCCCCUUCUCGUUGUUAGAAUUUCUCUUAAGGUUUUUCUUUCCUCGCUUCUCGUCGAGGAAUUCUCUUGGGUUUCUUCUUUUCCUUCUCGUCGUCAUUCUAAGAAUUCUCUUGGGGUUUCUUCUUUCCCUUCUCGUCAGUAGAUAUUCUCUUAAGGUUUCUUCUUUCUUCUCGUCAGUAGAAUUCUCGUUUCUUCUUUUCCCGCUCUCGUCGAUGGAUUCUCUUAGGUUUCUUCUUUCCCUUCUCGUCAUAGGAAUUCUCUUAAGGUUUCUUCUUUCCCUUCGUGAUUCUCAGGUUUCUUCUUUCCCUUCUCUUAUGGUUUCUUCUUUCCCCUUCUCGUCCAGUAGAAUUCUCUUAAGGUUUCUUCUUUCCCGCUUCUCGUCGAGUUUCAUUCUUUUCCCUUCUCGUCAUAAGUAUUCUCUUAAGGUUUCUUCUUUCCUUCUCGUCGUUAGAAUUCUCUUAGGUUUGUUCUUUCCCUUCUCGUCAGGAAUUCUCGUUUCUUCUUUCCCGCUUCUCAUCAGUAGAAUUCUCUUAAGGUUUUCUUUUCUUCUCGUCGAUAGGAAUUCUCUUAGGUUUCUUCUUUCCGCUUCUCGUGGUAGAAUUCUCUUAAGUUUCUUCUUUCCCGCUUCUCGUCAGUUUCUUCUUUUUCUUCUUUCCCUUCUCGUCAGUAGAAUUCUCUUAAGUUUUCUUCUUUUUCCAAUUCUCUUAAGGUUUGUUUCUUUCCGCUUCUCGUCAGUAGAAUUCCUCUUAAGGUUCUUUUUCUUCUUUUCCGUUUCUUCUUUUCCCUUCUCGUCGGUAGAAUUUCUUAAGGUUUCUUCUUUCCCUUCUCGUCAUUUUCUCGUCUUCUCGUCGAUAAAUUCUCUUAGGUUUCUUCUUUCCCUUCUCGUCAGUAAAAUUCUCUUGGUUUCUUCUUUCCCCUUCUCGUCGGUAGAGAUUCUCUUGGGUUUUCUUCUUUCCGCUUCUCGUUGUGGAAUUCUCUUAGGUUUCUUCUUUCCCCGCUUCUCGUCAGUAGAGAUUCUCUUAAGGUUUCUUCUUUCCCUUCUCGUCGAUAGGAAUUCUCUUAAGGGUUUCUUUCUUUUUCUCUUGAGUUUCUUCUUUCCCGCUUCUCGUUUCUUCUUUCUCUCGUCGAUGAAUUCUCUUAGUUUUCUUCUUUCCCGCUUCGUCAGUGGGAAUUCUCUUAAGGUUUCUUCUUUCUCGCUUCUCGUCAGUAGAAUUCUCUUAAGGUUUCUUCUUUUCCGCUUCUCGUCGAUGGGUAUUCUCUUAAGGUUUUCUUCUUCCCGCUUCUCGUCAGUGAAUUCUUUUGGGUUUCUUCUUUCUCGCUUCUCGGGUUUUCUUCUUUCCUUCCUUCUCGUCGAUAGAAUUCUCUUAAGGUUUGUUUCUUUCCCUUCUCGUCCAGUUUCUUCUUUCCCGCUUCUCGUCAGUAAAUUCUCUAAGGUUUUCUUCUUUCCCUUCUCUCGUCGGAAUUCUCUUAGGUUUCUUCGUUUUCCGCUUCUCAUUAAUGAUGAGGGACUCUUUCCCGCUUCUCGUCGAUGCAAGAUUCUCUUAAGGUUUCUUCUUCCCUUCUCGUCAGUAAAUUCUCUUGGGGUUUCUUCUUUCCCGCUUCUCGAUAUAGGAAUUCUUGGGGUUUUCUUCUUCCGCUUCUCGUCAGUAAUUCUCUUACGGGUUUCUUCUUUCCCGCUUCUCUUAGGUAAAUUCUCUUCGGGGGUUUCUUUUUUUCACUUCGUCAAUUCUCUUAAGGUUUCUUCUUUCCCUUUCGUGAUCAUGAGGAAUUCUCUUAGGGUUUCUUCUUUCCCUUCUGUCAUAGGAGAUUCUCUUAGGUUUCUUCUUUCCACUUCUCGUCAGUGGGAAUUCUCUGCAGGUUUCUUCUUUUCCCCUAUUCUCGUCGAUAGAAUUCUCUUAAGGUUUCUUCUUUCCCCGCUUCUCGUCAGUAGGAAUUCUCUUAGGUUUCUUCUUUCCCUUCUCGUCGAUGAGAAUUCUCUUAGGGUUUUCUUCUUUCCCCUUCUCGUCAGUAGAAUUCUCUUAGGUUUUCUUCUUUUGCUUCUCGUCAAUGGCGAGAAUUCUCUUGGGUUCUUCUUUCCCUUCUCGUCAGUAGAAUUCUCUUGGUUUCUUCUUUCCUUUCUCGUCGAUAGAAUUCUCUUAAGGUUUUUCUUUUGCUUCCCGUCGGUUUCUUCUUUCCCGCUUCUCGUCAGUAGAAAUUCUUCGGUUUCUUUUCCCCUUCUCGUCGAUAGAAUUCUCUUAAGGUUUCUUCUUUCCCGCUUCUCGUCGGUAAAUUCUCUUUCAUUUUUCUUCUUUCCCGCUUCUCGUCGAAUUCUCUUAAGGUUUCUUCUUUUCCCCUUCUCGUCAGUAGGAAUUCUCUUGGGUUUCUUCUUUUUCUUCCCGAUUUUCGUUGAUGAAUUCUCUUUUAAGGUUUUUCUUUCCUUCUCGUCAGUAGGAAUUCUCUUCGGGUUUCUUCUUUCCCGCUUCUCGUCGAUGAAUUCUCUUAGGGUUUCUUCUUUUCCAUCUCGUCAACUUCUCUUAGGUUUCUUUCUUUCCGCUUCUCGUCGAGAAAUUCUCUUAGGUUUCUUCUUUUCCACUUCUCAUCGAAUUCUCUUAAGGUUCUUCUUUCCCCUUCUCGUCGGUAGAAUUCUCUUAGGUUUCUUUUUCCCUUCUCGUCGUGAAGAAUUCUCUGGGUUUCUUCUUUCCCCUUCUCGUUUUCUUCUUUCCGCUUUCGUCGAUAGAAUUCUCUUAAGGUUUCUUCUUCCCGCUUCUCGUCAUUCUAGAAGAUUCUCGCCUCGAGUUUCUUCUUCCUUCUCGUCAGUAGGGAUUUGUUCUUUCUUCUUUUCAUCAGUGAUAAAUUCUUCUGGGUUUCUUUCCAUUCGUCGUUUCUUCUUGCUUCUCGUCGAUAAAGUUCUCUUAGGUUUCUUCUUUCUCUUUUCUCGUCGAUAUUCUCUUAAGGUUUCUUCUUUCCCGCUUCUCGUCAGUAGGAAUCUUAGGUUUCUUCUUUCCCGCUUCUCGUCCGUACCGUUUCUUGGUUUCUUCUUUUCCCUUCUCUCUCGUUUUCUUCUUUCCCUCGUCUCGUCGAUAGAAUUCUCUUGGGGUUUCUUCUUUCCGCUUCUCGUCAUUAGGAAUUCUCUUAAGGUUUUCUUUUCCCGCUUCUCGUCAGUAGGAUUCUCUUAUGGUUUCUUCUUUUCCGCUUCUCAAUUCUCUCUGUUUUUUUCUUUCCAUAUCGUCGGUCGUGUUCUCUUAAGGUUUCUUCUUUCCCGCUUCUCGUCAGUAGAAUUCUCUUGGUUUCUUCUUUCCUUUCUCGAUAGAAUUCUCUGGGAUUUCUUCUUUCCCUUCUGGUCGUUAAAUUCUCUUAGGUUUCUUUUCCGCUUCUCGUCAUUAGGAAUUCUCUUAGGUUUCUUUCUUCCCGCUUCUCGUUUCUUCUUUCCCGCUUCUCGUCAUUCAGGAAUUCUCUUAAAGGUUUCUUCUUCCCACUUUCUCGUCGAUAGAAUUCUCUUGGUUUUCUUCUUUCCCCUUCUAAUCGGUAGAAUUCUCUUAAGGUUUCUUCUUUCCCGCUUCUCGUCGAUAGAAUUUCUCUUGGUUUCUUUUCCCUUCAAUUCUCUUGGGUUUCUUCUUUUCCCCUUUCUCGUCAGUAGUAUUCUCUUAGGUUUUCUUUCCCUUCUCGUCGAUAGAAUUCUCCAAUGUUUCUUUUUUCCCUUUCUCGUCGAUAGUAUUCUCUUAAGGUUUCUUCUUUCCCGCUUCGUCGAUGGAAAUUCUCUGGGUUUCCUUCUUUCCCGCUUCUCGUCAGUAGAAUUCUCUGCGGGUUUCUUCUUUUCCGCUUUUCUCGUCGAUGGGAAUUCUCUUCCAAGGUUUUCUUCUUUCCACUUCUCGUCUGAUAGUAUUCUCUUAAGUUUUCUUCUUUCCCGCUUCUCGUGUUUCUCUCUGGGUUUCUUCUUUUCCCGCUUCUCGUCGAUAGGAAUUCUCUUAAGGUUCUUCUUUCCGCUUCUCGUCAGUAGGAAUUCUCUGGGUUUUUCUUCUUUCCCGCUUCUCGUCGAUAGAAUUCUCUUAAGUAAAAUUCUCUUGGGUUUUCUUCUUUCCGCUUCGUCCAGUAGAAUUCUCUUAGGUUUCCUUCUUUUCCCUUCUCAAUCAGUAGAAUUCUCCCAAGGUUUCUUCUUUCCCGCUUCUCGUCGAGUAGAACUCUUAGGGUUUUCUUCUUUCCCGCUUCUCGUCGAUGGGAAUUCUCUUAAGGUUUCUUCUUUCCUUCUUCAGGUGAUUCUCUAUUCUUCCCCGCUUUCUCGAUUAGAUUCUCUUAAGGUUGUUUCUUUCCCGCUUCUCGUUUCUUCUUUCCCCGCUUCUCGUCGAUUAAAUUCUCUUAGGGUUUCUUUUUUCCCGCUUCUCGUCAGUAGUGUUCCUGUUAGGGUUUCUUCUUUCCCCCUUCUCGAAUUCUCUCUUAGGUUUCUUCUUUCGUCGCUGGGUUGUUCUUUCCCGCUUCUCGUCGGUAGAAUUCUCUUAACGUUUCUUCUUUCCCGCUUCUCGUCGAUAGAAUUCUCUUCCAAGGUUUCUUUUUCCAAAGCUUCUCAAUUCUCUUGGGUUUGUUCUUCCUUUCUCGUCGUAUUCUCUUGGGUUUCUUCUUUCCUUUUAGAUUUCACUUCUUUUUCUUUCCUUCUUCUCGUCAGUAGAAUUCUCUUAAUGUUUUCUUCUUUUCCCUUCUCGUCAUUUAGAAUUCUACCGGUUUCUUCUUUCCCCUUCUCGUCGAUACAAAUUCUCUUAAACUCUUUCUUCUCGUCAGUAGUAUUUCUUCUUUUCCCUUUCCUUCGUUCCUUCUUUCCCACUUCGUCGUCGAUAGGAAUUCUCUUGAGGAUUCUCUCAGUAAGAUUCUUUGUCUUUUCCCGCUUCUCGUCGGUAAAGAUUCUUGAUUUUUCUUUCCGCUUCUCGUCAGUGGGAAUUCUCUUAAGUUUUCUUCUUUCCCGCUUCUCGUCGAUGGGAAUUCUCUGCAGGUUUGUUCUUUUCCACUUCUCUAGAAUUCUCUUGGUUUCUUCUUUCCCCUUCUCGUCAGUACCAAUUCUCUUAAGGUUUCUUCUUUCCCCUUCUCGUCGUAGGAAUUCUCUGGGUUUCUUCUUACUUCUCGUCUUUCUCUUAAGGUUUCUUCUCGUCAGUAGAAUUCUCUUAAGGUUUCUUCUUUUCCUUUCGAUGAGGGCCUCUGGGUUUCUUCUUAAAUUCUCGUCGAUGGUUUGUUCUUUCCCCCUUCUCGUCAGUAGAAUUUCUCUUGGGUUUUCUUCUUUCCCGCUUCUCGUCGAAUUCUCAGUUUUCUUUGCCUCGUAUUCUCUAAGGUUCUUCUUUCCGCUUCUCGUCGUUUUUCUUCUUUCCCACUUCUCGUUGAUGGAUUCUCUCUUAGGUUUUCUUGGGUUUCUUUUCCCGCUUCUCGUCGGUAGAAUUCUCCGCAGGUUUCUUCUUUUCCCGCUUCUCGUCGGUAGAAUUCUCAUAAGUUUCUUCUUUCCCUUCUCUAGAAUUCUCCGUUCUUCUUUCCUUCUCGUCAGUAGAAUUCUCUUAAGGUUUGUUCUUUUCCGCUUCUCGUCGUUAGAGAUUCUCUUAGGUUUGUUCUUUCCGCUUCUCGUCGGUAGUAUUCUCUUGGGUUUCCUUGCCCGCUUCUCGUCCGUUUCGCUUCUUUCCCUUUCUCAGAUAGAAAUCUCCUUGGUUUCUUCUUUGCUUCUCGUCAUGAGGAAUUCUCUUAAGGUUUCUUCUUUCCCCUUGCUUCUCGUCAGUAGAAUUCUCUUAAGGUUUCUUCUUUCCGCUUCUCGUCAGCGCAAAAUUCUCUCUAGGGUUUUCUUCUUUCCCUUUCUCGAUAGGAAUUCUCGCAAGGUUUCUUCUUUCCCGCUUCUCGUCGGUUUCUUCUUUCCGCUUCUCGUCGAUGAAGAUUCUCUUAGGGUUUCUUCUUUCCCCUUCUCGUCUGAUGGAAUUCUCUUAAAGGUUUCUUCUUUCCCUUCUCGUCAGUUUCUUCUUUCCCGCUUCUCGUCGAUAGGAAUUCUCUUAGGUUUUUCUUUCCCGCUUCUCGUCGGUAGUAAAUUCUCUUUGGGUUUCUUCUUUCCCCUUCUCGUCAGUAGAAUUCUCUUAAGGUUUUCUUCUUUCCUUAAAGGUUCUUCUCAUCUUCUCGUCGAGAAUUCUCUUAAGGUUUUUUCUUUCCCGCUUCUCGUCGAUAAAAUUCUCUUCGGGUUCUUUCUUCUCGUCGAUAGAAUUCUCUUAAGGUUUCUUCUUUUUCCCGCUUCUCGUUUUUUUUCUUUCCUUAAGGUUCUUCUUUCGUCAGUAGAAUUCUCGUUUCUUCUUUCCCCUUCUCGUUUCUUUUCCCUUCUCGUCAGUAGAAUUCUCUUAAAGUUUCUUCUUUCCCGCUUCUCGUCGAUACAGAAUUCUCUUAAGGUUUCUUCUUUCCCCUUCUCGAAUUCUCUUAAGGUUUCUUCUUUCCCGCUUCUCGUCAGUAGAAUUCUCUUAAGGUUUCUUCUUUCCGCUUCUCGUCUUCUUAAGGUUUCUUCUUUCCUUCUCGUCGAUAGAAUUUCUCUAAAGUUUUCUUCUUUCCCGCUUCUCGUCAGUAGGAUUCUCUUAAGGUUCUUCUUUCCGCUUCUCGUCGGUACAAUUCUCUUAGGUUUCUUCUUUUCCCUUCUCGUCGAUGGGAAUUCUCUUAGGUUUGACUUCUCGUCUUUCAGGUUUCUUCUUUCCGCUUCUCGUUUUUCUUCUUUCCCGCUUCUCGUCAGUAGAAUUCUCUUAGGUUUCUUCUUUUCUUCCGUCUUCUCGUCGUCGAGUAGAAUUCUCUUAGGUUUCUUCUUUCUUCUCGCCGAUAAAUUCUCUGGGUUUCUUCUUUCCCGCUUCUCGUUUCUUCUUUCCCUUCUCGUCGGUAGAAUUUCUCUUAAAGGGUUUCUUCUUUCCCGCUUCUCGUCGAUAGAAUUCUCUUGGGUUUCUUUUUCCCUUCUCGUCAGUAGUAUUCUCUUAAGGUUUCUUCUUUCCCUUCUCGUCGUAAAUUCUCUUAGGUUUCUUCUUUCCGCUUCUCGUAUUCUCUUAAAUUCUCUUCUUAAGGUUUCUUCUUUCCCGCUUCUCGUCGGUAGAAUUCUCUUAAGGUUUUCUUCUUUCCUUCUCGUCGAUAGGAAUUUCUUCUUUCCCGCUUCUCGUUUCUUCUUUCCCCUUCUCGUCAGUAGAAUUCUCUUAAGGGUUUCUUCUUUCCCCCUUCUCGUCGAUAGAAUUCUCUUAAGGUUCUUCUUUCCCGCUUCUCGUCGUAGAAUUUCUCUUAAGGGUUUCUUCUUUCCCCUUCUCGUUUGUUCUCGUCUAGUCAGUAGGAAUUCUCUUAAGGUUUCUUCUUUCCCGCUUCUCGUCGGUAGAAUUCUCUUAGGCUUUUCUUCUUUCUUCCGCUUCUCUAUUGUCUUGGGAAUUCUCGUUUUCUUCUUUCCGCUUCUCGUCAGUAGAAUUCUCUUAAGGUUUUCUUCUUUCCCGCUUCUCGUUUCUUCUUUCCCGCUUCUCGUCGGUAGAAUUCUCUUAAGGUUUCUUCUUUCCCUUCUCGUCGAUAAAAUUCUCUUAAGGUUUCUUCUUUUCCCGCUUCUCAAUUCUCUUAAAGGUUUCUUCUUUUUCUUCUCGUCGAUAGAAUUUCUUAAGGUUUUGUUCUUUCCCCUUCUCGUCAGUAGGAAUUCUCUUAAGGUUUUCUUCUUUUCCGCUUCUCAAAUUAGUAGUUUCUUCUUUCCCUUCUCGUCAGUAGAGAAUUCUCUUGGGUUUCUUCUUUCCCGCUUCUCGUCGGUGGGGAAUUCUCUAAAGGUUUCUUCUUUCUUUCUCGUCGAUGGGAAUUCUCUUAAGGUUUCUUCUUUCCCCUUCUCGUCUGGGAAUUCUCUUAAGGUUUCUUCUUUCCCGCUUCUCGUCAGUAGAAUUCUCUUAAGGUUUCUUCUUUCCGCUUCUCGUUUCUUCUUUCCGCUUCUCGUCGAUAGGAAUUCUCUUAGGUUUUGUUCUUUCCGCUUCUCGUCGAUAGUUCUCUUAGGUUUCUUCUUUUCCCCUUCUCGUCGGUUUUGUUCUUCUUUCCCACUUCUCGUCUUUCUCUUAAAGGUUUCUUCUCUCGUCAGUAGAAUUCUCUUCGAUAGGUUUGUUCUUUCCCGCUUCUCGUCAGUUUCUUCUUCGCUUCUCGUCGAUAGAAUUCUCUUAAGGUUUUUUCUUCUUUCCCGCUUCUCGUCAGUUUCUUCUUUCCCCUUCUCGUCGAUAGAAUUCAAAGGUUUCUUCUUUCCCUUCUCGUCGAUGAAGAAUUCUCUUAAGGUUUCUUCUUUCCCGCUUCUCGUCGAUAGAAUUCUCUUGGGUUUCUUCUUUCCCGCUUCUCGUUUCUUCUUUCACUUCUCGUCAGUAGUAUUCUCUUGGGUUUCUUCUUUCCGCUUCUCGUCGAUAGAAUUCUCUAAGGUUUCUUCUUUCCCGCUUCUCGUCAGUAGAAUUCUCUUAAAGGUUUUCUUCCUGGGUUUCUUCUUCAGUAGAAUUCUCUUAAGGUUUCUUCUUUUCUUCGUCAGUAGAAUUCUCUUAAGGUUUCUUCUUUCCCGCUUCUCGUCAGUAGGGAUUCUCUUAAAGGUUUCUUCUUUCCCUUCUCGUCGUAGAAUUCUCUUUCCGCUUCUCGGAUUUCUUCUUUCUCGGUUUCUUCUUUCCCUUCUCGUGUUGAAUUCUCUUAGUAGUUUCUUCUUUUCCCGCUUCUCGUCAGUAGAAGAUUCUCUUAAAAGGUUUCUUCUUUCCCGCUUCUCCGAUAGAAUUCUUAAGGUUUCUUCUUUCGCUUCUCGUUUCUUCUUUCCCUUCUCGUCAGUAGAUUUUCUUAAGGUUUCUUCUUUCCUUCUCGUCAGUAGAAAUUGUUCUUUAAGGUUUCUUCUUUCCCUUCUCGUCGAUAGAAUUCUCUUUUUAAGGUUUCUUCUUUCCCGCUUCUCGUCGAUAGGAAUUCUCUUAAGGUUUCUUCCGCUUCUCGUCGGUAGGAAUUCUCUUAAGGUUUUCCCUUCUUUCUUCUUUUCCUUAAGGUUUUCUUCUUUCUGUUUCUUCUUUCCGCUUCUCGUCGAUAGAAUUCUCUUAAAGGUUUCUUCUUUCCCCUUCUCGUCGAUGGGAAUUCUCUUAAGGGUUUCUUCUUUUCCCAGGUUUCUUCUUCUCGUUUCUUCUUUCUUCUCGUCAGUAGAAUUCUCUUGGGUUUCUUCUUUCCCGCUUCUCGUCGAUAGAAUUCUCUUAAGGUUUCUUCUUUCCCGCUUCUCGUCAGUAGAAUUCUUUAAGGUUUCUUCUUUCUUCCCGCUUCUCAAUUCUCUUGGUUUUUCUUCUUUCCUUAAGGUUUCUUCUUUCCCGCUUCUCGUCGAUAGGAAUUCUCUUAAGGUUUCUUCUUUCCCGCUUCUCUCGUCAGUAGGAAUUCUCUUAAGGUUUCUUCUUUCCCCUUCUCGUUUCUUCUUUCCCCUUCUCGUCAGUCGUCAGAAUUCUCUUAAGUUUCUUCUUUCUUUCGUCGAUAGAAUUCUCUUAAGGUUUCUUCUUUCCCCUUCUCGUCGGUCGUAUUCUCUUAAAAGGUUUCUUCUUUCCCGCUUCUCGUCAAAUUCUCUUAAGGUUUCUUCUUUCCCGCUUCUCGUCAGUAGAAUUCUCUUAAGGUUUCUUCUUUCCCUUCCCGUCAGUAGAAUUCUCUUAAGGUUUCUUCUUUCCCGCUUCUCGUCAGUAAGGUUUCUUCUUUCCCUUCUCGUCGAUAGAAUUCUCUUAAGGUUUCUUCUUUCCCUUCUCGUCAGUAGGAAUUCUCUUAAGGUUUUUCUUUUCUUUUCCCGCUUCUCGUCAGUAGGAAUUCUCUUAAGGUUUUCUUCUUUCCCGCUUCUCGUCAGUAGGAAUUCUCUUAAGGGUUUCUUCUUUCCCCUUCUCGUCAGUAGAAUUCUCUUAAGGUUUCUUCUUUCCCGCUUCUCUAGAAUUCUCUUAAGGUUUCUUCUUUCCCGCUUCUCGUCGAUAGGAAUUCUCUUAAGUUUUCUUCUUUCUUCCGUUUCUUCUUUCCGCUUCUCGUCAGUAGAAUUCUCUUCAGUAGGUUUCUUCUUUCUUCUCGUCGAUAGAAUUCUCUUAAGGUUUGUUCUUUUUUCCCUGCUGGGUUUCUUCGUAAAUUCUCUUAAGGUUUCUUCUUUCCCGCUUCUCGUCAGUAGAAUUCUCUUGGGUUUCUUCUUUCCCCUUCUCGUCGAUAGAAUUCUCUUAAGGUUUCUUCUUUCUUCGUCGAUAGAAUUUCUUAAGGUUUCUUCUUUCCGCUUCUCUAGAAUUCUCUUAAGGGUUUGUUCUUUCCCGCUUCUCGUCGAUAGAAUUCUCUUAGGUUUCUUCUUUCCGCUUCUCGUCAGUAGUAUUCUCUUAAGGUUUCUUCUUUCCCCUUCUCGUUUCUUCUUUCUUCUCGUAAGAAUUCUCUUAAGGUUUCUUCUUUCCCGCUUCUCGUCAGUAGAAUUCUUUCUUAAGGGUUUUCUUCUUUCCCUUCUCGUCGAUAGAAUUCUCUUAGGGUUUCUUCUUUCCCGCUUCUCGUCAAAUUCUCUUAAGGUUUCUUCUUUCCCGCUUCUCGUCGAUAGAAUUCUCUUAAGGUUUCUUCUUUCCCGCUUCUCGUCGAAUUCUCUUAAGGGUUUCUUCUUUCUUGGUUUGUUCCUUCUCGUCGGAAUUCUCUUAAGGUUUGUUCUUUCCCUUCUCGUUUCUUCUUUCCCGCUUCUCGUCGAUAGAAUUCUCUUAAGGUUUUCUUCUUUCCGCUUAUCGUCGAUAAUUCUCUUAGUUUCUUCUUCCCGCUUCUCGUCAGUAGAAUUUCUUAAGGUUUAUUCUUUCCCGCUUCUCAGUUUCUUCUUUCCCCUAUUCGUCGAUAGAAUUCUCUUGUUUUCUUCUUUUCCCUUCUCGUGUCCUCUUUUUCUUCUUUCCCUUCUCGUCAGUAGAAUUCUCUUAAGGUUUCUUCUUUCCCGCCUCUCGUCGAUAGAAUUCUCAGGUUUUCUUCUUUCCCUUCUCCUCAGUAGAAGGUUUGUUCUUUCCCUUCUUCAAAUUCUUCAUGGGUUUCUUCUUUUCCCGCUUCUCGUCAGUAGAAUUCUCUUAAGGUUUCUUCUUUCCCUUCUCGUCAGUAGAAUUCUCUUAAUGUUUCUUCUUUCCCUUCUCGUUUCUUCUUUCCCGCUUCUCGUCGAUAGAAUUCUCUUAGGUUUCUUCUUCCCCUUCUCGUCGAGUAGAAUUCUCUUAGGUUUCUUCUUUCUUCUUCGCUUCUCGUCAGUAGAAUUCUUUUGGGUUCUUUUGUUUCUUUCUCUUAAGGUUUCUUCUCGUCUCGUCAGUUUUCUUCUUUCGCUUCUCAUCAGUAGAAUUCAUUUAGGUUUCUUCUUUCCGCUUCUCGUCGAUAGAAUUCUCUUUAGGUUUUCUUCUUUCCCGCUUCUCAUCAGUAGAAUUCUCUUAGGUUUCUUCUUUCCCGCUUCUCGUUUCUUCUUUCCCGCUUUCUCGUCAGUAGAAUUCUCUUUAAGGUUUUCUUCUUCUUUCCCGCUUCUCGUCGAUAGUAUUCUCUUAGGGUUUCUUCUUUCCUUCUCGUCGAUAGAGAUUCUAUUAGGUUCUUCUUUCCCGCUUUUCGUCAGUAGAAUUCUCUUAAGUUUUUUCUUUCCGCUUCUCGUCAGUAGAAUUCUCUUAAGGUUUCUUCUUUUCCCGCUUCUCGUCGAUAGAAUUCUCUUAAGGUUCUUUUCUUUCAUUUUCCUUAAGAAUUCUCCAAGGUUUCUUCUUUCCCUUCUCGUCAGUAAGGUUUCUUCUUUCCUUCUCGUCAGUAGAAUCCUCUUAAGGUUUCUUCUUUCCCGCUUCUCGUUUCUUCUUUCCCUUCUCGUCAGUAGAAUUCUCUUAAGGUUUGUUCUUUCCCUUCUCGUCAGUAGAAUUCUCUUAAGGUUCUUCUUUCCGCUUCUCGUCAGUAGAAUUCUCUUAAGGUUUCUUCUUUCCCGUCGUAGAAUUCUCUUAAGGUUUCUUCUUUCCCCUUCGAUAGAAAUUCUCUUAAGGUUUCUUCUUUCCCGCUUCGUCGAUAGAAUUCUCUUAAGGUUUCUUCUUUCCGCUUCUCGUUUCUUCUUUUCCCUUCUCGUCAGUAGAAUUCUCUUAAGGUUUCUUCUUUCCCGCUUCUCGUCAGUUUCUUCUUUCCCGCUUCUCGUCGAUAGAAUUCUCUUAAGGUUUCUUCUUUCCCGCUUCUCGUCAGUAGAAUUCUCUUGGGUUUCUUCUUUCCCUUCUCGUCAGUAUAGAAUUUUCUUAAGUAGAAUUCUCUUAAGGUUUCUUUUCCCGCUUCUCGUCGAUAGAAUUCUCUUUUGCUUUUUUCUUUCCCGCUUCUCUAGAAUUCUCUUAAGGUUUCUUUCUUUCCCGCUUCUCGUCGAUGGGAAUUCUCUUAAGGUUUGUUCUUUCCCGCUUCUCGUCAGUAGUAUUCUCUUAAGGUUUCUUCUUUCCCGCUUCUCGUCAAAUUCUCUUAAGGUUCCUUCUUUCCGCUUUUCUUCUUUCUUCUUUCCCGCUUCUCGUCGUAGAAUUCUCUUAAGGUUUCUUCUUUCCGCUUCUCUUUUCUUCUUUCCGCUUCUCGUCAGUAGAAUUCUCUUAAGGUUUCUUCUUUCCCCUUCUCGUCAGUACGAAUUCUCUAAGGUUUCUUCUUUCUUCUUCUGGGGUUUCUUCCCGCUUCUCGUUUCUUCUUUCCGCUUCUCGUCGAGUAGAAUUCUCUUAGGGUUUCUUCUUUCCCUUCUCGUAGUUUCUUCUCUUAAGAUUCUUUCUUCUUCUUUCCCCUUCUCAAUUCUCUGGGUUUCUUCUUUCCCGCUUCUUAAGAAUUUUGUUUCUUCUUUCCGCUUCUCUAGAAUUCUCUUAAGGUUUCUUCUCCAGGUUUGUUUCUUUCCCUUCUCGUCAGUAGAAUUUCUUCAGGUUUCUUCUUUUCCGCUUCUCGUCGAUAGAAUUCUCUGCUGGUUUCUUUCCUUCCCGUCGUUUCUUCUUUUUCCUUCUCGUCGUAGAAUUCUCUUAAGGUUUCUUUCUUUCCCGCUUCUCGUCGAUAGAAUUCUCUUAAGGUUUCUUCUUUCCCGCUUCUCUAGAAUUCUCUUAAGGUUUCUUCUUUUCCGCUUCUCGUCGAUAGAAUUCUUCUCGUCGAUAGAAUUCUCUUCGGGUUAUUUCUUUCCGCUUCUCGUCGAUAGAAUUCUCUUAAGGUUUCUUCUUUCCGCUUCUCGUCAGUUUCUUCUUUCCCGCUUCUCGUCAAGUAGAAUUCUCUUAAGGGUUCUUUCCCUUCUCGUCGAUAGAAUUCUCUUGGGUUUCUUCUUUCCCCUUCUCGUCGAUAGAAUUCUCUUAGGUUUCUUCUUCCCGCUUCUCGUCAUUUUCUUCUUUCUUCUCGUCGAUAGAAUUCUCUUAAGGUUUUUCUUUCCGCUUCUCAAUUCUCUUAAGUUUUCUUCUUUCCCGCUUCUCGUCAGUAGAAUUCUCUUAGGUUUGUUCUUUUCCCUUCUCGUCAGUAGAAUUCUCUUAGGGUUUCUUCUUUUCUUCUCGUCGAUAGAAUUCUCUUUAAGGUUUCUUCUUUCCCGCUUCUCGUCAAAUUCUCUUAAGGUUUCUUCUUUCCCGCUUCUCGUCGAUAGAAUUCUCUUAAGGUUUCUUCUUUCCCUUCUCGUUUCUUCUUUUCCCUUUCUCGUAGGGGUUUUCUUUCUUCUCGUCAGUAGAAUUCUCUUAAGGUUUCUUCUUUUCUUCUUUCCCGCUUCUCGCUUCAGUAGAAUUCUCUUAAGGUUUCUUCUUUCCCGCUUCUCAAUUCUCUUAAGUUUCUUCUUUCCCGCUUUCGUCAGUAGAAUUCUCUUAGGUUUCUUCUUCCCGCUUCUCGUCAGUAGAAUUCUCUUAAGGUUUCUUCUUUCCCCUUCUCGUUUCUUCUUUCCGCUUCUCGUCAGUAGAAUUCUCUUAAGGUUUCUUCUUUCCCUUCUCGUCGAUAGAAUUCUCUUAAGGUUUUUCUUUCUUCUCCGUUUCUUCUCUAGAAUUCUCUUAAGUUUUUCUUUCCGCUUCUCGUCAGUAGAAUUCUCGUUUCUUCUUUCCCUUCUCAGGUUUUUCUUUCCGCUUCGUCAGUCGGAAUUCUCUUCAGUAGAAGGUUUCUUUUUCUUCUUUCUCGUCAGUAGAAUUCUCUUAAGGUUUCUUCUUUCUCGCUUCUCGUCACAUCUGAUUCGACGUGUGAAUUCUUUUUGCCAGUCUCUCCCUCAAUUUGCCUGUCUUUCUUUCUCUCUUUGUAGGUUUUUCAUUCGGGUUUUCCUUUUCUUUUCACCUAAUUUAAACCCCCUUUCUUCAUUAACUUAUUAUUACCUAUCUAUCUGUCUCUGUAUUUCUAACUUUAUCUAUCUAUCUAUCUAUCUAUCUAUCUAUCUAUCUAUCUCAUUCUUUUUUUUCUUUCUUUCUAUCUAUCUAUCUAUCUAUCUAUCUAUCUAUCUAUCUAUCUCAUUCUUUUUCUGUCUGUCUGUCUAUCUAUAUAUCUAUCUAUCUAUCUCAUUCUUUUUCUAUCUCUCUGUCUGUCUAUCUAUCUAUCUAUCUAUCUAUUUAUCUCAAUCUGCCCUUAAUUGGUCACUUCGACGUUGCAUAGUUCAUUCUUUUUUUUGCAAUCUAUUUCUAUCUCUCUCUCUUUCUAUCUAUCUAUCUAUCUCUAUAUUUCUCUUUCUCCCUCUCUAA